AUUUUUUUUAUCCAUUUUUGUAUUUGCAGUGAAGUUACAGAAGGUGCCUUACAAGUAUGGCGUACAUUACCGGAACGUAUUAGACAAGAUCCAAGUUUAGCCUCAUUUCGCCAAGAACAUGAACGUUUACAUGGCUAUGAACCCGCCGAUGUUGAUCCUUUACCCAAUGAUGACACCGAUGAACAUGACCAUAACAAUGGCAAAAUUAUGGGAGACGGUGUGGGUGGUCAUAAUAAAAAUACAAAUACAUUUACACAAAUUGGUAUUAAUGUCACAAACGAAAUGGGACAGGUGCGCAUACUAGAUGGUCGUGAUGUUGAGAAUAAUAAUGAGGAUCAACAGGAUGAUACCGAACAUCAUGGUAAUUCCAAAGUGAAAAAAUAUUUAAUUUGGUUUAAAAUUGCGAUACUCCUGGUAGUUUGGGGCGUUUUUACGGCGUUUCUAAUGUCAACAAAUGAACAUGUGGACGAAUUGAAAUUGAUUAGUAUACCUAGGAAUGGUACCGAACGAGUAUUCCCCGUCAACUGUGCUGAACUCACGCGAAUAGGUCUCAGUCUGACGGGUCCCUUUAAACUACAGGAAGCCGAUGCUGUAACAGACACAAAACAACGACCGCCUCCCCUACUCGAGGUGUACGUAGAACGUGCCUAUUUCAAUGAAUCCGGUGAUAGAGCUUACGAUGAAAUUGUUUCGAAAAUUUGGAAAUUAGAUUUAGUAUAUCCCGAAUAUAUGGACUCGACGCGAGAAACUAAGAAAGUGCAUCAAUUCGACAUAAAGAGUAUACAUGAAGAAUAUCAAAAUCUUACCAAUCAAACAGAGUUGACGCUGCACUUUGUCUCGAGCAUAGAAGCUGAACUACCAGUGCAACUAAGCAUAGAUGAAUCUCCGAUUUAUAAGAAGGAGGGUGUUAUCUAUGCUGCCGUAGUGCUGUGCGGUCUAUAUAUUAUGAUUAUUUGGGAAAUUGUUAAUCGUACAUUUGCCGCUAUUAUAGCGUCUACUUUAUCGGUGGGUAUUUUGGCUGCUUUGAAUUCAAGACCCUCUAUGGUUACCAUUAUGGGUUGGAUCGAUGUGGAGACUUUAUUGUUGCUGUUUGGUAUGAUGAUUUUGGUGGCCAUUUUAUCGGAAACUGGUGUCUUUGAUUAUUUGGCGGUGUAUGCUUAUAAAAUUACUAAUGGUCAUGUCUGGCCAUUGAUUAAUUGUUUGUGUUUGUUUACCGCUGUUUUAUCUUCUUUCUUGGAUAAUGUUACCACGGUUUUGCUAAUGACUCCCGUUACCAUACGUCUUUGUGAGGUUAUGUCUCUUAAUCCGGUUCCUAUAUUAAUGUGUAUGGUUAUCUACUCGAAUAUUGGUGGUGCCCUUACUCCCGUGGGUGAUCCACCAAAUGUUAUUAUUGCCUCAAAUAGUUUUAUAUCCAAAAAUGGUGUUAACUUCGCCAUCUUUACUUUACACAUGUUGCCCGGUGUUAUUUUGGUAAUGUUCCAAACUUAUUUACAAUUGAGAUUUAAAUUCCGCAACAUAAGCGAUUUACAAUUCAAAGAAUCUCCCGAAAUUGAAGAACUAAAACAUGAAAUUCAUGUUUGGAAACGGGCUGCUGCCAGUUUAUCAUCAUACUCCAAGGAUGAAGAGUUAGUAAGACAGACUUUGAAUAAGAAAGUGAAUCGUUUGAAGCGUUCUUUGAAGAAGAAAAUUAACACCGCCAUAGAGCCCACCAUUAAUUAUAAACAAACUUUGGAUCAUUUGCAAGCGAAGUAUCCCAUACGUAAUAAGCCUUUGCUUAUUAAGUGUUCUUGUGCCUUGGUUUUUGUGAUAAGUUUAUUCUUUUUGCACUCUGUUCCCGAAUUGCAACGUCUCUCUCUGGGCUGGACUGCUCUUUUGGGUGCCAUAUUUUUAAUAAUUUUAGCCGAUAUUGAAGAUAUGGAAGCCAUAUUGGCUCGUGUGGAAUGGUCAACAUUGCUCUUCUUUGCAGCUUUGUUUAUUUUAAUGGAAGCGCUUUCGGAGUUAGGUCUUAUAGAAUGGAUUGGUAAUAUGACCGAGAAUAUUAUAUUGGGUGUAAGCGAAGAGUCUCGUUUAAUGGUGGCUGUGUUAAUUAUUUUAUGGGUUUCCGCUAUAGCUUCGGCUUUCGUCGACAAUAUACCUUUGACUACAAUGAUGGUAAAAAUUACCAUUUCUUUAGCUCAAAAUAGUACAUUGAAUUUACCAUUACAGCCUUUGGUAUGGGCAUUAGCUUUUGGAGCUUGUUUGGGAGGCAAUGGUACUCUCAUUGGUGCUUCGGCUAAUGUAGUGUGUGCUGGUGUUGCUGAGCAACAUGGUUACAAAUUUACAUUCUUACAAUUCUUCAAAGUUGGUUUCCCCGUUAUGAUUGGCAGCAUUUUAGUGUCCACGGGCUAUCUGUUAGUAAGUCAUGUAUUGUUCGCAUGGCAUUGAUAAAAACUUUGAGAAGAAUUGCUAGACAAUUCUUCAGCAGCAAAACUAGUAGUUUCAAAUUUACCUCGUAAAAUGUGUUUUUUGUUUUGUUUAAAUGAAAUUCAUUUUCCUUUUUCUUUAUGUUUUGUUUUUAUUUUAAUUAAAUAAUUAAUUAAAAAUUCUAUUAGAUUAAAGUAAGAAAUUAUUAGAAACGAAACAAACAAAAAAAUGUUACUAACAACAAGUUUCGUUUUUUUCCAAUAAAUUUCUUUUACUUUAUGUUGUUUUUGCACAUUUAUUUUCAUCAUUUUUUUAAUUAUUAAAUUAAUUAAAUCAAUGUAAUUAUUAAUUAUGUAUCUAUGUAUGUAAUAUCAUAAAGUUAAAUUAGGGCCCAAAAUUCAAAAUUACAAAAUCUUGAGUGAUUAACUAAAAGAAAUUGAUUAUUGUACAACAAAUAAAUUCUGAAAAAAAUUACAAAAACAAAGUCAAGGUAUCACACAGACACACACACAUACACAAUUUGAAGAAUAGUUAUUGUAAUUUAUGUGAAUUUUAGUUUUUAAGUAAAAAAAAUAUUAAAAAAAAAACUACAAAAAAAUACAAACGCUAAAACGAAAAAUUUAAGAAUUUCAUAAGUAGGGAAUUAA